AUUUCCCUUUUCUUUCCAAAUGAAUUUAUGCUUAGUCUAAAAUUGGUAAAUACCAAAUAAUAAUAUAUAUAUAUUAUUAUUAUUAUUAGAAAUAUGUACCAGUUUCCUGAAACUAACAAAUAGAGUUAUAGCUUUGAUUGACUUACUAGCUUACGGGAACGCUUUGAAUCUCAACUUACUUUGAACGAGUGCUUCCCACAUAGAUUGCUGGAAAGAGGAGUGAGCCGGGGCAGAACUUGAAGCACGGGAGAAGGAAAAAGAAGUAUACAAGGGGUGCGUAGUUGGUAUAUGUACGGUAUAGACCUUUCUUUGUGAAUAGCUAGUUCAGUUACAAGGGUGUAUACAAAGGUCUGCUUAUAGGUUGAAAAAGCCUGUAGAGAUAGCCUAGAUAGCCAAGAAGAUAUACGUAUUUCAUAGAGCUAGCUAAUAAAGCUUUUGUUAACUUCAAAUAGGCUAUUGAAUGCAACGGCAAAUAAAGAAGAAGAAAGUGCCAGAGCUAAGAGCUAAUAUAUUCCCAGUCUAUGCAUGGAUAAAGGAAUGAUAAGAGCUAUGAGCAGUUUAUUAAACUACACUACGGCUAAUAUAUAUAAGGACAAAUCAACUAGAAAAAACCGUUGCCAAAGAAACCAUUUGUUUAAGCUUAUUCGUUCGCGCUAGGCUAAAAAACUAGAUAGAAGAACUAGAGGCCGCCAAGGUCUUCAACCAUUAGACAAGCAGGUAGGAUCCUUUGCUUACUACUUGAAGCAGAAACCUAGAAGAGGAAUUCUUUCUAUUCCAAAAUCCAUCUUCUUUCCGGUCCGCUUCAUUCAUUCCCUUACUAAUAAAUCCAAUUCAUCGCUAAUGGCGAAACCAGCCUGUAUGUACACCGCACAACUAACCGUUGCUUGGUAGGUUCGAUCAGCUCUUCUCACCUUUCCGUCGACAUCUACUAAGGCUUCAGCUUAAGUGGGUUCAGCCGCCCCAAAUCUGACUCGAUCCAGGGUUAUAUAUCAUAAAGGGCUUCGACAAGGGGUUUGAUUCGUUCUUUGAGCAAAAAGAUAAGGUCGGAAUACCGGAGUUCUUUCUUUGCUUCCAAGAACAUAGAUUCCUUCUUCAACCCAGGUCAUGACCGAGGGCGGGUAUCUCACUCGCAUAUCUAGAGCCCAGCAUCUCUCCUGAACGACACCUUCUGCAGACUCUACUGGUGGUAUUUCCCGAGGCGAGGGUAAAUAUGUGCAUUCAUAUCGGUCAGGAAACGACAAUGACUCUUCUUCUUUCCGGGAAGGUAUGGGCACCUCACAAUUCUUAUACGACAUUAGUGGAAGCGAACAUUCGUAGCAUUCAUUGUCACCGAUCAUUGACAAAAGAAGAAAAAGAAGCCGUACGACAACUUAAGGAAUCUUUAGAUUUGGCGGCUAUAGACUCAAAGGGCACAGACAGGCUGCUGGUACUUUUUUUUUAGCUAACUAAAGUCCAACUUCCUUUGCCGAAAGAGGAUGAAACGGAUCAGCCGAUUCAACUUAGCAUUACCCGACUCGUAACUUCAAGCACAACCAUCCAUCUCAAUCCAAAAUCUCCGAUCGUCUGUGAUCCAAACCCAAACUCUCCUCCGGUUUUGGAUAUAUAGACAGUGCCUGCUCUCAAACCAACCAAGACAGCAGCAAGUUCCUAUCGAGAACAAGACGACAGAUCAAUAUGACCAAUUUCUAUAAUAUCUCGGGUGAAUACGUGAAAAAGUGUUGCUUAGCUCAGUGAAAUGGAAUAAGGAAGAGAAAGUGUAGUGUGAUAAGGGAAGAUGCAAGUCAAUUUUUAGGUUUUCAAGCAAGGGCUGAGAUAGAUAUACAAACCAGAAGAAUUCACAUCAGAACCCUUUCCUGCUUCCCCUUUUUACCCAUCGGACUCGACUCACAUUUUGAUCUCCUACGCUUGCUUUCACAGUCCCCCUACGAGCAGCCCGGAAUCAAUGAAGGAGUUCAUUCAGCACCGAGCCGAGCGAGCGUAGAUUCAAUAUGUUGAUUGUACCGAACGAAGGAUUUGCCUUAUCACGAAAGCCACAUUCGUUUCGUUUGAGGAAGUCACACGUCCUGUUCCCUAUAAAUAAGGAGAUUCAUUCUUUUUUUUCAGAAAUCCCCUCUUCUUCCUCCUCAAGCCCCUAUCACAAGACCAAGCGGAUCUCAUCCUGCAGAAGACUCAGAGCGGAUCUAUCUAAUGGCAUGGCUGGCUGUCGGAUGUGAUCUAUUCUCGUGUCACAUCGCUUUCUUUCUUCUCCCUCCAUUUUCUUCACUACUACCGCUUCUACACAUAAAUCAAAGAAGCAUUGUGGAAUAGUGGCAUUUCGUUAAUGGCUAAAAUGUUCUUAGUGAAAGGGUUGCCGCAAAACCGGCAAACUCAGAGCGGUCUCUGAAAGUGAAUAGGAGCAUAGCGGCAUCAUCCAAGCCAAACACGUCUCCUCAGUCAAGGGUCUUCUCGCGCAAAGAAGAUCAAAAACAUAACAACUGAUUUCGCUUAAUGCAUGUCACCCGCCCGCUCUCAAUACAGCAAGUGACUCUCUCUCACAAGACAGAGAAAGAUUACCGAUUCAUCCAAUCCAAUUUGAUCAGAAGUGAGUUCAUUGUUGUUGUAUAGCGAAACCUUUCCUUGACAAAACCAUUCUCAGCUAAUAGAAGCCGAGCUAUCUAUCCAGAUCAGGGUUGAACGAAGCGAAUGGAAAAGCCAAAGAAAACAUAAAUCCAUUGCGAUUAGAAACCAGUGACUCUACAGCCAGGGCUCGAUGGCGAUGUAAGAUAGAAAGAAUGGGGAGUUAGGGCUUCGGUUUCCUCUGUAGCCAGUUUCAAUUCCAAAUCAUUUGCCGACAUGCGGACUCACUUCUCUUUUAUGGGAUGACUUUUAUUAUCCAAGUUGUCUAUUUACGUGGGUGAAUCAAGUACAACAAGUCAGGUCAGAGCUUGUGGUAGAAGAUUGGGCUCUGCUACGCAGAUCCACUCAACUAGGAAAGAAGUACGCAUUGCUGACUGACUGUUUGAACGAUCCUAGUUACUAGUAGCUAAUCAAGUCAGAGUAGGGUGGCCGAGAAGCUUCUUGCCGGUGCCCCCAAAAGCAAAGCACAGACUCUACUCACCCACGCGUUUUCCACCUACGGAGGGAGAAAUCAUCGAAAUAUCCUCAUCCCCUGAAAGGGAACCCGAAAACAGGACGAGAGUGGAUAGGGUGACUAAGGAGGCCGUAAAAAUUAGUAGUGCAUUUUUGAAAGAUAAGAUUACAAAAAGGCGAGAGCAGCAUAAUUGUUAGUUAGGGGUAAGAGGGGACGGGCCCGUAUAGAAAGUAAAUCCUUCUUUUUCCGAUAUGCCGCUCCGCAAGCAAGGAGUGCCACGCACGAGCGGAGCGAAAACUAAGCAAGGGGAAUUCCGUCAUUCCAUGGAAAGCAUGCGAAAUCCUUUGAUUGUUUAUAGAAUCAAAAUAACUAUAUAGUCUUUCUUGUUCCACUUGCAAGGCAAGGAAAAUAAAAUGUCAGUUUCGUUAUUACAACCUUAUUUUUUUAUGUCAAAGACAAAAAGCUACGCGCAAAUUCUCAUUGGAUCUCGGUUGUUCUUAACAGCGAUGGCUAUUCAUUUAAGUCUUCGGGUAGCACCACCAGAUCUUCAACAAGGUGGAAAUUCUCGUAUUUCGUAUGUACAUGUUCCUGCGGCUCGGAUGAGUAUAGUUAUUUAUAUCGCGACAGCUAUAAACAGUUCCUUGUUCCCAUUAACAAAACAUCCCCUUUUUCUUCGCUCUUCCGGAACCGGUACAGAAAUUGGUGCUUUUUCUACUUUGUUUACGUUAGUGACUGGGGGGUUUCGGGGAAGGCCUAUGUGGGGUACCUUUCGGGUGUGGGAUGCUCGUUUAACUUCUGUAUUCAUCUUGUUCCUUAUUUACCUGGGUGCACUGCGUUUUCAAAAGCUUCCUGUCGAACCGGCUCCUAUUUCAAUCCGUGCUGGACCGAUCGAUAUACCAAUAAUAAAGUCUCCAGUCAACUGGUGGAAUACAUCGCAUCAACCUGGGAGCAUUAGCCGAUCUGGUACAUCAAUACAUGUUCCUAUGCCCAUUCCAAUCUUGUCUAACUUUGCUAACUUCCCCUUCUCUACCCGUAUCUUGUUCGUUCUGGAAACACGUCUUCCUAUUCCAUCUUUUCCCGAAUCUCCCUUAACGGAAGAAAUAGAAGCUCGAGAAGGAAUACCACUAAAAACCUAGUUCGCUCUCAAAUAAAAACCUAGUUCACUCGCUAAAGCAUCCAUGGCUGAAUGGUGAAAGCGCCCACCAACCUAGAAAGGCAAAAUGGGUCAAAAAGUAGGUUCGAUUCCUGCCGGAUGCACUGCCUCUUAAAGACAGAAACAGAGGAGGGAAAGAAGGUAGUAUAGGGAACUUGCUUUUGGAUUCUUAUCGAAAGUGAAUCCCUCUAACACUUCUGUUAGUGUUUUAUGAGAAAAUCUUUUAUAGACACAACAAGUGUGAAAAUCCUUAGUCACUAGGCAAGAAAGCUCGAUGGGAACAAAAAGGAUACAAUUAGUUCAGAAUCAAAAAAAUGUACAAUUUCAAAGGAAAGAAGGAAUGGCAAGUUUCCCUCCAUUGAACAUCAAUCAAUCUAGAAAUAGGUAAAGGAAGGCGUAUCACAGGGGUAUUUUUCUUUUUUCUAUUCACUUCCGUGGGGUUCUAAAUUGAAAACAUGAACACAAACGAAAUCGUAUUGAAAUUACAUAAAAAAAGAAAAGGGAGGAGUAGCUCUUGGUUUAAAGAAAAGGGAGGAGAUGGAUCGAAUUCAGUCUUUUUCCUUUCUUUGAUGAUCUUCAACACAUCUAUUUGAAUUCCCUGCGAGUGAAGGAUUUCUCGUAUGGAGAAAAACCUCUUGAGCGCUAUCUGAUCUUAUUUUUGUAUUUCAAAUAUGGGACCUGCCUUUUUAAUGGGACAUCCCGGCAACAGGCCUACUCAUGCAUGUGGCCAAGUACUCGACCAAUCCUCGGAGCGAAGGGAUGAACGAAUUCUCGAGGUCUGGUUCAUUGAGGUCAGCAUCACAUGAAACCUUUAGCACUUCCGUUCGAUAUUGGAUGGAGUAUGGCUGGAAGGUCAGCCUAGCUAGUCUUGUCAAUCGGCCCUGACUCGUCUUCUCCUUGGUACCUACCGCUAUUGAACUUCGGUACCUAUAUUCCUGAAACAAGACAGACCUUCAUGAAGACCUUAUAUUUUGGAAUAAGAUCGGACAUUUCCACAUUGAGGUGAAAUUACAUAUGAGGAAAAUAAUCCUGGACUACGAAAGCUGCCCUUGUGUGGUAGAACCAGGUCUUCCACCGGGCGGUCAGCCAAGUACUGAAGCCCCUAUCUUGAUAUAGAAUAGAAGUGAGUUCACACUAAAAAUAGAAGAAGCCCUAUGAUUUUUUAGCCCUGCUAUCAAUCACUUCGGUAAAGGGAUCGAAAGAUUAUGGUCUGAAAUAGAGAUUUGAGAGUCCCUCGUGUGAGUACGUGCUGAAGAGCAAGGAGUGAAAGUGCGUUCAUCUUUCUUUCUGCUAGUUGUUUCCUGCUAAUAGUGAUUAGUGAGUGCCCCAUACAUAGCCAAUGUCCGCCCGUGUUCACAUCCAGUCUUCUCUGUACACUAGUGCAGCUUCCAGCUCUAUGCUAUGUAUGGUAGUCGUUUGACUCGGGAAUCCCUGAUAAAAGCUUUUAGUCCGUGCCUGGCAGUUUCAGCCGUGGUCCAGUCCAGCAGCCUCUUUUCGAUCCAAGAGUCGCAUGAGAAGAAAGCUUCCGGUUAGCUUCAGUUAGUGUUAGUUAAAUAGAACGGGAACCUCGUAACUAUGCCAAGCCCGAUCUUGGUUCCAAUGCUGCAGAGAAAGGUUAUGGGUAAAAAGAAGGUCUUUAUCCUGGUGCUGCGGAGACCGGUGUUGCUGAUCGAACUCAUUUUCUUUCGAGGAGAUCGAAAAUCUCUGAAUUUCUGCGAAACGAAUUUACAUAUUUAUUGCGAGGGGCUUUGAAAAGCGAAAGGAUGAAGACUGAUUUAGAUCCUCUGAAAGCGCAGGAAGUAUGCCUUUUGAGCUUUUUCUCCACCCACCUCUGAGCAUCCUGUUGGAAUGGUCCUAGGAAAGACUACGUACGAGAAAUCAUUCUCACAGCCAACUUUCCUUCUUCUGAGCAAAUAAAUGUAGUAUUUAGUCCAACCAAUCAUUGGUGAAUCUAUGUCUUUCGUGAAAAGUGGAGUAUUUGUGCCCAAGAUCUUUCUAUUCCCUUUAGUAGGUGCACACAUCUCGUAUGGUAAAUAUACCUUUGUGCCCUAUAAGGUAAGAUUGAUUGACGGAGUCAAGAGAUGGAGAUCUUGGUUUAGCAGCGGCUGCCUGUCCUUUUCUUUCGUGAAAGGUAUGAUCUAGAGUGUGAUUCUGAUCCCGUGAUUGGGUGCUUGGCGUAGAAUGAGUGGAGCAUACUAGGAAUGCCGAAUGCUCGCUCAGUGAGGGAGCUCUGUUGGAGAAGAGUGGGACUAGAAAGAGGGAAUACCCAUGUCAGGCCAUGUAAGGCCAAUAGUUGAGGUACCUGGAUCCAGACAAAACUCCAAACAUGUAAGAAUCUACCUUGAAGCAAGGUUUCUACUGGUUAAUGCGUUCCACCCUAUUGAUGACAGCUAAUGUUACUAAAAGCUUAGAUGAAGAAAGAGCUUCUGAGCGAAGGCUUGUUGGCUUUGGUUGUUGGCGUGGAUUAUCUUGUUAAGCUCUGCAGAGAUGGUGAGCGUGAAGAAAGGACACUACCAUCAAAGAAAGACAGCUCUCAAAUGGAUUUGCUGGUCUAUGAUGACCAAGUAGAAGCAUCCGUUCCACAUAGGUGAUUUUUAUAGAAGCAUAGGCGCAAGCUCUUCUCAAAAGAAUUUCGUUUAUAGGAUUCAGUCGUCCGUUUGUUUUGUUUUGAAUUGACAUAGAGAAAUCUUUCUCGCGUUCCCUUAAUUCAGGAAUAGGUGGCGAAGGCUACUUGUUCCUUGUAUAUAUAUAUAAAGGAAAGGGGUUAUUUUUCCUUUACGGCAAUAAGAGUUGAUUCCCUUGCUUGUAGUUUUGGAUCGAUUCCGUGUAUUUCACAUAUUUAAGAGUGGUUAGGAGAGAGAAUCAAUGUUUAGUAGUAGGCCCGGUUCACCAGGUUCUACCACUGUUCGGCCCAA